AUGUUCAAAUUGGAUUACAACCAAUAUUCGAAUGAUUUAACGGACGAAAAAAAUGUAAACAAAAGGCGGUCAUUUUUCGAUGAAAACAACGAAAGAGAUGGUAAUUUUCAUUAUCCAGAUUUUGGCGCGAAUAGAAAAGAUUUUUUUGUCGAUAACGAAACUCAAAAUAAUUACGACGAUCAACAACCGGAAAAAUUUCAAUGGGAACCCGACAGGAAUAGAAUGCCUCAUAAUAAUUUAGGUAUGGAUGGUUCUUUGUUUGCGUCCGACAAAAGUCCCGAACCGACAUUUAUUGGAAAAAAAAUGAAAACCAACGUCAGGCAAGAUUGGGAAAAAACAAACGAAUUUGUUGAUAUUGAAAAUCCCUUUAGAGUAAAGGAUGAUCGACCUCCUAAAUAUCAAAACAAUGUCUUCUCCGACAAGGUUGAAGUUAUAAAUAAUAAUGAUAUUAAAAAAGGAUACAAUCCUCAAUUCAAUAAUAAUUUCAAUACUCAAGGAAAUGGUGAAAACGAAUUAGUGAGUUCUUCCCGUCCAAUAUUUGGCAUUCCUCCUCCUUUUCCCAUAACUUAUGUUACACCCGAAGUUAGCCCAGUUCGAAAACUUAAUUUAGGAGCUCCUGAUUUAUUUGGUACAAAUAAAGCCAUUAUAAUAAAUCUAAAAACUGAAUGUCCAACAUCGAAUCCAACCAAAAAUCAUUUAAUUCAUAAAUUACUUAUUUCACGUCCACCUACUAGUCCUCACAUGUUCCCACUUAAACGUUUUCUUGUAUCUUCUUCUCCUAGUAACAUUUAUUACUUACAGAGCAAAUAA